GUGUAGUGCAGUGCGGUGCAGUGACGGGGGCUGCCGGAGCCGCGGAGGGGGCCGGGACGGGGGACUUCUGAGGGGGCGGCGGCGGCUCGAGGCGGAGGGAGACAGAGACGGUUACCGAAGAGAGACCCGUACGGAUUGGGUAGAGGCGCAGCGGAUCCCGGGAGAAGGAAAGGGCAGGGAGGGGCAGCAGGUACUCUCUGUAACAGCAGCCUUAAAUAUUAAAUUGGCUCCCUUCGUCAGCAGCGUUACCACUUACUAUCUUCAGCACAUUUGCAGCAUGAGUAAUACUAAAUUGAUUCCAAGACUCCCCAAUCGACCCCCUGUCCACCACAGCAAUUUAAAAACUCCACCGGAAAGCCCAUCUUUCAAAAUGGGAGACUUUCACCAAAAUCUGCAAGGCUUUGUAGAAUCUGAUUCAGAAAGCCUUAAACAAGGAAGAAGACACCAGAUAGACUUCCAGAAAAGGAACUUGGAUGAUGAAGACCUGCUGAGGGAAACUUUUGAGGAGCUAGACCGGGACAGCUUAGAGAAAAGCAGUCCAGAAGGAAAAAGUUGGAGUGAUUCAGAAGAGUCAGAAACAGAAAGUUUCAAACCUCAUGAGUUGUCCAGCAGAAGAGAUCUCAGUCCCGAAGGCAGUGAUGAAAAGGGAAGCCACCAGCUACCCGUGGACAAGUAUUCAGAUCUCCGGUACAAUCCAAACUGGAAAAACAAUCAAGAGGACCAGAAAUCUUCAGCGACGAAAAAAUUACAUCAGGCUGUUGAAAUCGUCCCCCAGAACAUCUCUGAGGAUUCCCUGCAGUCUUCUUCGGAGGCUUCCUUUGAACAAUUGAAGGAAAAAGGCAAAGAGGGACAAAGCCCCCGGAGUUCCAUAACACUGCUUGGCAGUGAGUUUUUGAGCCCCGGCUAUGAGCACAAUGGGGUGACCAGUGAGGCCUUUUCAAUGCAGAGCAGUAGUGAUAGAGAAGAAAAGAUGGAUCAGGUGGCCCAGUAUCUCAAGAGUUCAGGUGUGGAAGUUGGUGGUUUUCAGCCCAAAUCUUGGGCCCCACAGAAGUGGAGAUCCAAACAAGAUUUUGUGGAAAAAAACAAACUGACUUUAGGAUUAUCUACACAGAAGUCAGAUUCUUAUCUUAAACUACACAAUAGGAAACUGAGAGAAGUUCAUCAGGAGCAGAUCUGUGACACUGUAAAAGUUGCUGACAAGAGGCUCAUUCAGAGGGCCAGAGAGAUUCAGAAUGCUGACAUGGAUCCUGAAGACAAGUGGCAUCAGAGAGCCCAACUGCUAAAGGAAUACAGGGAUCAGUUGUCCCAAUCGGAGAGAAUAAAAUCAAGCCAGAUGCCCAACGAUCUACUUCUUCAGGCCACAGAUGGCCAGAUUGUCACACGCAAAUUUCACAAGCACAAAUGUCUCAGUGGGCCAAAAUCUCAGAAAACUCCUAAAAAACCCAGCUCAUCUGGGAACUUCAGUCUUGAUCAAGUUGACCAGAGUUCCGUAUUGGGAUGGCCACAGAGCUACCCACUAGUCAAACCAGAUGAUCCUUCCAUAAAGCUUGGGUCGGGGGUGAGUCAGAAUAUGCCUGUUGGUGAUUUAGCAUCCUCAAAUCCAGAUGUUAGCCAGAAUCACUGGGGAAUCUCCAAUGACUUUGCUUUGCCAAAGCAACCUCUGAUCUCGUAUAGAAACUCUCCUGGAUUUAGCUUAUCACCAUUUCAUGGUAAUGAUGAGAGAGAAGGAUAUUCUCAUUUUCAAAAACUCCGUUCCAGGCAUCAGCAGCCCCAUUUCACCCCUCCCCCAGAGUUGGGCUCUCCCUCUGUUAGUGGAUCCAACAGGGAGCAGUGGGCGCCAAGCCAGAAAAUGUCUUUGCCUGCUUCUAAUGCAAAUGCUCAAGGACCUUUUGAGAAGAAACCUUCACCUCAAGGACUCCUGAAACAGACCUAUUCAGAAGCAACCUAUCAAGACCCACCUAUCUCAAGGCUCCCUGAGUCUUCAUCCCACAGUCAGCUUGGAAGGGCUUCUCCAGAAACCCGGCUAAACCACCUGAUGGAACAGCAUCAACACGCCUUAACACAACUGACGGACCUUCAGCCCCAGGAAAGUUCCAGCAUCAUGUUUCCUCCUGUCCUCUCGAAGGCAGAAAGUGAAUCCCACCUCAGUUCGGGGAGGAGUGAAAGAAGCCAGGCAACCAUUAGCCAUAGCAAUUCCAAGAGUUACCUGUUCAACCUGAAGAGGCAUAAGAAGCUCCAAGUCAGAGGUAGCAAGAAGCUCUCCAAACUAAAAGGCUAUCAGAAAAAAGAUGUGAUGCUUGGAGGCCUUGGACCUGACUUUGAAUCCAUCAAAGACAAAACUGAAAAGUUAAAACAACAAAAAGAAUACGCAAAACAAGUUAAGGAACACAACAUGAGGAUUCUGUCCACUAUGUCAAAACCACAAAAUGCCAAACAAGAGAGCAAAUCUGCAGUCUCCCGCCAGAAGGCUUUGGAAUAUGCUAAGAAUAUUCCGAAACCCAAACCAGUUUUACCAUCAAAUCUGACUGAUCCAGAAUCAAAGGAGGGACAGAUUUUGACCUAUGCUGGAAAAGAAGAAAGUUUACCUGAAAUCACAUUGCUAGAAGUGCUGCAGAGCAGACAUGAAAGAGAAAAACAGGCUGUAGCAGCUUUUAAAGUCCUUCACAUUGUGUAGAAAAUAUGAAAUGCCUAGAAGAACCUGUUUAAGAAAGAAGAUAUAGGAACAAAAGAAACUCUGGCACAGCCUUAGCAUUCUAAAAUGAUUGCUUUUAGUUGUAAUCAGACUGCUGCUGUUCUGUUUGUGUUUUUGUAGAAUGUGUUAUUUGGGAUCAUAUCAUAUCUUUCUUCAUUGAGAAACUCCUAUGGAAAUGAAUAAUAUUUUAAGUUGGCAAGAGUUUCAUCUGAGUUAGAAACCAUAGAAUAAAGUCCUUUGUGUUUAUGUGAA